AUGACUUCUGCGGUAGAUACCGCCGCAACUAUAGAUGAUGAAUCGACGUCUAAUACUUUAAAACGACGUCGUUCAUCAAAUACGAUUCAAAAUGAUGUAGACAUUGAACAAACGUCGUGUAAACGCGUUCGUAGUUCAUCUCCAACUAAUAAUUCUACGUUUGAUAAUAAUUAUGUUCAAUCGAUGUUUUCUUCUCUUAAUGAUAUUGUUCAAGCUCAUCGUAAUUUAGUUCGUGAAUAUGUUGAUUUACAAAUGUGUGAUCGUCCAGAUUUAUCCUUAGAUGAACAACGUUUUAUUCAAGCUGAAGAAGAUCUUAUUGAGAAAGUUGAAAAAAAUUUACAUGAUAGUAAUAAUACAUCGUCAACACCACCAACACCAUUGUCAUCGUCGCGGAAUGGUAAACGUCAAAGAUAUCAAUCAAUAAGUUCUUUGAAUCAAUCAUUUGAUCGUGUCAAACAUGAAACACAUAUAUUAAAACGUAUUGAAGAAUUAAAAUCCGAUGGUAAAUGGACAAAUCAACGGUUAGCUAAAUGUUUAGAUCCAAAUAAACGUAAAACACAUUGGGAUUAUUUACUUGAUGAAAUGCGUUGGCUAGCAGAAGAUUUUGCACUUGAAAAACGUUGGAAACAAGCUAUGGCAAAAAAGAUUUCUCAAGCUGUUCUCAAAUACUUUCAAGAUAAAAAUCAAUUAGAAAAUCAACAACAACGUAAUGAAUUGAAAGGAUGGCGGAAACAAUCGCAAUUUAUUUGUAAAGAGGUUAUGAAUUUCUGGAAAAAUAUUAAUAAACUAGCAGAAUAUAAACAAAGUGCACGUAUGCAAGGGCUGCAUAAGCAUGAAUUAGAUUCAAAUUUGAUGGUUGAUGGUGACGAGGAAUAUGAUGAAGAAGAUACAAUUGAACAAGAGGAACAAAAUGAACAGGAUGAAUAUUCUUUAAAUGAAAUUCAAGAACUUCAAAUAGAUCAACAAGAAUCCAUUGAUGUUUUAUUAAAACGACAUUAUGGAAUCGAUCAAUGGAGUCCAUUAAAUAAAAUAGAAAAUAGUUUACCACAACAACAAGAAGAAAAUAGUUUAAGUGAUAGUAAUAUUAGUGAAAACUUUGAUGAAGAAUCAAUGUCAAAUGAACCUGAUGAAAAUUAUUCAAUUGAAACUGAUCAACAAAUAAAUGAUUUAAAAAUAAAAGUUCAAUCGUUUCAGCCGACUGGAUGUACACGUGAUACUACAUCUAUGAAAACAUUAGUGCCUUUCCUACUGAAACAUCCAUUAAGAGAAUAUCAACAUGUUGGUCUAGAUUGGCUUGUCAAAUUCUAUGAAAAUAAAUUUAAUUGUAUAUUAGCAGAUGAAACCGGUUUAGGUAAAACAAUACAAACAAUUGCUCUACUUGCUCAUCUAGCCUGUGAAAAAGGUGUUUGGGGCCCACAUUUAAUUGUUGUUCCAACAAGUUUGAUGCUUAAUUGGGAACUCGAACUAAAAAAAUGGUGUCCAGGAUUGAAAAUUUUAAACUACUAUGGUUCAGUAAAAGAACGUCAAUUAAAACGGCGAGCUUGGACUAAGUCAAAUGCAUUUCAUGUUUGUAUAACAUCUUACAAACUUAUACUGCAAGAUGCAAUUUCAUUCAGUCGUAAGAAAUGGAAAUAUUUAGUCUUAGAUGAAGUUCAAAAUGUAAAAAUUUUUCAAUCCAAAUGUUGGCAAACGUUAUUAAAUCUUUCUUCUCAACGUCGUUUAAUAUUAACAAAUAAACCAUUAGGAAAUUCCUUAAUAGAAUUUAAAUCAUUAGUACAGUUUUUAAUGCCAAAUUUAAUUUCAUCACAUCAAGAAUUUCGUCAAUUGUUUUCAAAUCCUUCAACAGAAACAAACGAUUCAUUAAUAAAACGUUUAGAUACAAUCAUACGUCCAUUUGUAUUACGGCGUUUGAAAACUAAUGUAGAAAAACAAAUGCCAAAAGAACAUGAACAUAUUGUUAUGUGUAAUUUAUCGAAAAGACAACAGCAAUUAUACAAUGAUUUUAUUCAAUGUAAAUCAACACGUGAUAUUAUUCAACAAGGAAAUCUUAUGUCUGUAAUUAAUAUACUUAUACAAUUAAGAAAAAUUUGUAAUCAUCCAGAUCUAUUUGAAUCAAGACCAGUCAUAUCCCCAUUUGUGUUUCAAAAAUAUCUAAUUCAAUAUGAAAUACCAAAAUUUAUUGCUGAUAUUGAUUUUAAAAACCCAUACGUAGUUCAUAAUGUCGAACCUAAUGAUACAUUUCUUUGUUAUCGAGUUCAAUUAAAUUUACAAUUAACAAAAGAGAUGUUUAUGAAUACUAUUACUCAUAGUGCUUAUCAACAACGAAUUCAAUUAACCACAAGUAUUAUUGACAGAUAUAGAAAUAGUACUAUAUGGAAUCAAACAACAAAUCUUCAAAAUCAUUCGAAAAUACAACAAAAUCUAUUAGAUGAUUUAAGCGAUGAUGAAUUUCAAUCUGAAACUAUUUAUGAAAAAAAUCAAGACGAUCGUCUAUCUCACUACGAAUUACUGUUUCAAAUUAAUUCAGAACGUUGUCAAUAUCUUCCAUUUUAUGGUCGUGACCUUCUUUCACAAAUUCAAUUAGUUAUGAAUCCAUGUCAAAAUUUUAAUCGAGUAACAUUUAGUGGAUAUACAUUAUGUCAACGAGCAGAUGAAUCAUUGACUACGACACGAAAUUAUAUGUCAAACACGGACACUCUUCGAACUUUAAUUAAAACAAAUCAAGAUAUAUUCGAUGACUGUCGAGAUAUCCUCAAACGGUAA